AUGUACGGUUGCAAAAUGAAUAGUAUGACUGAUAAUAUUUCCGUUGAACCUGAGCAAGAUGCUAAUUCUGCAUUGACUGAAUUAGAUAAAGGCUUAAGGUCUGGAAAAAUAGGAGAACAAUGUGAAGCAAUUGUCAAAUUUCCUAGAUUAUUUGAAAAGUACCCAUUUCCAAUUUUAAUUAAUUCAUCUUUAUUAAAAUUAGCCGAUGUUUUUAGAGUUGGAAAUAAUUUUUUGAGAGUAUGGGUUUUAAGAGUUUGUCAACAGAGUGAAAAGCAUUUAGAUAAAAUAAUGAGUGUCGAUGAAUUUGUUAGAAGAAUAUUUAGUGUAAUGCAUUCAAACGAUCCUAUUGCAAGGGCCCUGACUUUGAGAACGUUAGGAGCAGUAGCUGGAAUUAUUCCUGAAAGGCAACAAGUUCAUCAUGGUAUAAGAAGAAGUUUAGAUUCUCAUGAUGCUGUUGAAGUUGAUGCGGCUGUGUAUGCUGCAACACAAUUUGCUGCUCAGUCAAAAAAAUUUGCAGUAAGUAUGUGUAAUAAAGUUUCUGAAAUGAUUCAAGGGCUAGCAACUCCAGCUCAUCGUAAACUUCAAUUGAUUCCUAUUUUGCAACAUAUGCACCAUGAUAUAUCCACUGCAAGUAUGGUUCGAGUACUAUGUACUCAGUUGUUAAAAAGUUAUCCCGCUCAAGAUUUUAUCGUAGUUACUUUAUCUGCAUUAACUCAACUUACUGCUGCCACUUUAGUUGACAUUCCUCAACAGGUAAAAUUAUUAGUUUCUUAUUUAAGAAAUGAUCAAAGAUGGGCGAUAAAAGCUGAAGCUUUGAAAGGAUUACACAGGCUUGCCAGCGAAGGAGCUCAUUUUUGGCCUCAGGAUGCGAUUGAAGAUAUAGUUGAAGUUGCACUAAACACUGAUAAAAAUCAUCUGCUAAGUGCAACUUUAGAUGUAUUAUUGGUUUUGACUAGAACUGCUUUAAGUUGUCACAAUCAUAAUGAUUCGAAAUCAUCUGUUGCAAAAUUAUGUAAACGAUGCUACAUAGCCGAAGAUACAGUGAUUUCUGCCAAAGCUAUUCAAAUCACAACUUCGAUAUAUUGUUACAGCUACGAAGAAAAUCUUGUUGUGGAUAAAGUAGAUAAAUUAGUCGAUGCUAUUGAAUCUUUGUUUUUAUUAGUUACUUUCGAUGAAUCUAAUCCAAGAUUAUACGAAUUAAAAGCUUGCCUGAAAUGUGCUGUUAGGUUAUGCAAGGCAUGCCCAGAAUUAUCUCAUCAAUUUGUUAAAAUUAUAGCGACUAGACUAUUUUUUUCAGACAUUUGUAAUUCGUUAUUGUGUGAAGCUCUCGGAGCAAUAGGUGGCCUUCAACCUAGUGCUCUUAAAAUAAUAUUAACAGAUAUAAUUAAAAAAUUAAGUAGUUUUUCAGAAUUGGAAGAAUUAACUCCUGAUCAAAUACAUACAAAGGUCUUGUUAUGUACGUUAUUGUUUCAAUGUCAAAUAGGAUCGGAAUGGAAUUUAGAAUUAAAAAAUGCUGUUAGACUUGCAUGUAAAGGAUGUCAUUAUUGGUCUAAUUAUAGGAUAGCAAGGGCAGCAUGCAGGUACGGUCAUCACGAAAUUAGUCACGAAAUAUUUUCUGUUGUAAAAGAUCGAGUGUCAUCCGAGCAUUACUAUUUUUGGCUAACGAGUUUAGAAGAAUUAAGUAAAGGCGAAUCUUUUUUGUCUUCAAAAGACGAUUUGGUUACCAAAUUGUCAACAUCUUUAACUCAUUGCAGUAAAGCUUUGGCUUCUCUCAGAGCUGCCAGUACUCCCUCGCAAACUUUAACUUUUCAAGCUGAAUACGUUAGGGUUAGAUGUGAAUUUUUGCAAUGUCUUUUACAAUUGGUGCAUGCUGGAAGAGCCUUGUGCACCGCUCCACCUCCAGCCAUAGCUGCUGCAAUUGUUGCCAGUACAAGAGAUGAACUACAGAGAUACGGCCACGUAACUCAGCAGUUGAGAAAAUGCGUGAAGGAAUUUCGUGGCUGCGGUGAAUCAUAUCAAAAAUUAUAUCAAUCUGCAUUCGAUGCGGAUCCGGAGUCGUUGAAAAAUAUACAAAUUUAUCAACAAAUGUGUUUUUUAAUGUCGAACAGCGUGGAAAGAGUUUGUCAGUUAAAUUCACAAGAAGAUUUCGUGCUCGAUUUCAAUUUGGAAAUACAAUUUUUAAUUUCUUGCUGUCACGAAGCGUUAAAAUUAGCCGAACCCAUUUUAACGAAUAAAGAAUUAAAACCGAUAACUCAUCAACAUAUCAAUGCGUUGAUACAACAAGUCAAAAUAUUAGCCGAAACUUCUUUGUUUAUCCCACGUUAUUUCUUUCAAACUCUUCAAUCGACGAGCGUCAAGUUGAAUAUAUCUCCUCAACCGAGAGUCGUCGGAGAAUCGGUAAGCGUUCAAGGUGGAUCUCAUUUGGCGGUUAAAGUCGAAGGCGUGAUAAUACACGAUGCACGUCCCGGAAUUUUCCGAAAAGCUGCGGAAAUCGUCAUCACUUUGGUAUCGCAACUCCAAGCUCGACAGCACUCGACUCAAAUCGAUAACAAGCCUGCCGACAUAAGUUCCGUCGUAACUCAAACCGUUACGCCUCAUAAGGAUUUUUUCACCGCUCAAUUUUUGCUCGCCUUCACCGUAGGUGGUCAAUAUUCGCUUUCCGUCGAAGCGGCUAUCGCCGAUGAAAAUGGUCACGUUUGGAAAACUGGUCCCAAAGUGACGUUGGCCGUGAAAUCUCACGAAGAUAAUAAUAAUAAAUCGACGAGCGUUCAAAACGCCACGAGGUCAUUCACCGGACCGAGAUUUUAA